AUGUUAGCAUUACUUUUCGUUAUUUCAGUCUCAGUUCGCGUCAUAAGCCGACCUGAGUACUACGAAGAGAAUGGUUGGCUCAAGAAGAUUGGCAGAGGCAUUUCCAGAGGCGUUAGAGGCAUUGGACGUGGAAUUAAAAGAGGUGUAAGAGCUGUCACAAAACCAAUUGAAAAAGGAGUUAAAUCAGUCGUAAGAACAGUUGAUCGUUUCAUUUAUCAUGCUUCUGAAUCAAUGUAUGCUGAUCCAAUCAGAAUCACAAAGAUCACAAAGAACUUAAACCAAAAGAGAUACACAACAACAAAUCUUGAAUCCCUCACUCAACAGGUUGCAAGAGAUUUCAACCUCGACCCUAACAAUGUUGCUCAAUUCUUCAAGCGCUCCAAGUUCUCAAGGACCGCAAAGACACUCUUAAACAAGCUUCGCUUUGACAAGCUUGCUUCCAUUGUUGACCGCACAGCACAACUCAACACAGCUGUCAUUAAAACUACAAAGAACGGAAAUACCUUCACAGUUAAUGUUGCUGGUGGCGUUUCAGCUGCUUCCAUCGUCGCAAACAACGUCUUUAAGAAGACAACAACACACUGGGGCCGCUCCCGCACUUCGACAUCCAGAAAUUGGCGCGCACUCACAGCCAGUGAAAUCCAGUUCAUCUUCUCAAAGGUUCAGGCUGAGAUCCAAAACGACAUGAACAGAUUCAAGAAUAUUGAAAUUUCAUUUAAACAAUAA